UACACUUGAGGUCGCAAUGAUUCAUUUUUAAUGGUUACGUAGCGCUAUAACUUAUUUAAAGCUGAAUCGGUAAAACAAUCAAUAAAUAGUUUUUUUAUGACGGAUAUUAAUAUUCGCAAUUGAUAUAAGGUGGCACGCGUAGAAGGUAUUAAAAGUUCCGGCUAUAAUUUUUUGUAUUCUAGAAUAACCUUAUGGUUCACCAACACCGUGAAUUAUUAUCUAAAAUGUGCCUUUUGAACUAGCAUAAACUUUUUCUAGGAUACAAAUAACAUACCAACUCAGUUUUGCUGAUUUUAAAUCAAAAACUAAAGUUUUAACGUGUAAGCGUCGUGUCUGGAACGUUUUCAAUGGAGGGUCGUAAUAAAUUUGGACCGGGUGGUUAUUGUAUUUGUUCCGAGCCGUUGCGCAUGCGCAGUAGCGUCUCGGCGCAUGCGCAAUAGCGCUCGGUACAAAUAUAUCAAUCGGAACGAAUAUAUCACAACAUCGGUAAGUUAUAAGUAAGCGUAUAGAUGAUGGGUCACGUGGUGUACAUGACGCGGAGUAGUGACGUCAUAACAGGGUUGUUGACUUUGAGUAAAUAUCGUUUUAUUUGUGUGAUUAGUUGUUUAACGACUGUAACCACGUGGGUUGAAUAUUACACUAAAAACUUGGUUGUUUCGGUGGUCAUGUUUAAACUAGACUACUAGAAAAAUAUGUUGGGUUGUUAGUUGUUCCGCUUAAAAGUCUAGGUCCGACAUAUCAGCAAACAAGUUAGUCUAAGAAGGGGUUUGUUUAAAGCAAGCACGAACUAAAUUGUAUAGCGUGUUGUCCAAAAGUACGCUGUUUAAAAUCAAAUGAAAGCAGCAGAGUGAUCGCAUCUCAGCUGAGGGAAUUGUUAUUAUAGGCGGUUGUGUUUAGUGGUUCGGUGAGCGAAGUAAAGAAUGGAUUUCUACGUCACACGGAAGCAGAUAGUGGAAAACAGAGGAUUAUGACAAAACGACACAACUAUUUUUGUGUAACCAUGGUCACCAUAUGGAACAAGGUGGCGGCACGAAGAAAAAGUCUUUAUUUAAAUUCCCCUGACGUUGCUUUCAAAACGUACAGCAAUGAACUCCAACUACCACAGCGGUUAUAAAGAUAAACCUGCACAUCAUGUUGAAACGUCUAAUCAACCAUCCAAUAUAGACGUUGGUGCGUUGGAUUAUGUAAAUACUCAAGACUUAAUUAAUCAACGUGAUGAAGCUUUAAGGAAAGAAGAAGCACUUCGUGAUCGAUUGAAACUUCAAGAAGCAAUUAGUGCGAAACAAUUAAAUGAACUUCGGAUCCAGACUCGCAAGUUGACGACAGAAAACCAGAGGUUUUAUAAAUCAUCCAUUAUCAGUGGUACAGGCGGGAAGGGCGAUCGUAAACGAGAUGUUAAGGUAAAAGAUACGAAGAAAUUACUGAAGACUAUUGAUCAAUUACAGAACGAAAACUCGACAUUAAAGAAAAAAUUAGAAGAAAUGGCUAACUUUAUACAGGUAGCAAGCGACAUCAAACUUCACUCUGUGUCUGAGUGUAAAAAGAAAGAUGAGCUAAUAUUUCGUUUGCGCGCCGAAAAAGAAGCUACGCGUCACGUGAUCGAAGAGGAAGUUGAGCGAAGAUCAAAAGUUGAAAACGAACUUUAUUCGUUCCAGAAUUAUCUUGUAUAUUCAUCCGCGAAAUCAAGGGAGCAGUUACGUCAUAAAGCGGUACAAACAAUGACCAGUAUACCGGUGCGCACUGCUGGCUCAGUACGCACCGGUAUAGUGCGCAGUAGGCUUGUGCGCAGAACAUCGAGCGACAUUUUCCACAAACCUCCUAUAAUCAAAAGAAGAGAAAUUACGUGUCUAAGCUACACGGCGGAAGUUAACAAGAGCGCUCUCCAUCGGUUAAAAGUCGUGGAAAACAAACACAAAGUUCAGUCCGAUGGUAUGAGGAAAAAAUUCCAUGACGUCAUCGGAAGGGCAUGAUGAUAUCAUAAACUCAUAAAAGAAAGUUAACUCACUGCUUGUUAUUUCCUCUAAGUAUGAUAUUCUUCCACGUGUAUCUAUUAAAUUAUCAGCUAUAUAUAGAGAGAGAGCGAUAAAGAAUUUUGUCUACGCAUUGUGUGAAUGCGCAACGUAAGCGAUUUUAAUAUACCGUUUUUUUCUGUAACAUUUUAAAAUUAACCUUACGAUAGAUUGCUAAUUAUGUGUGUUGAACAGUACACGUUAAACAGGAACGGAAUUUAGUAUAGUUAUUUCCUAUUUAAAACAACAACUGCAAAAAAUGAUUAAUUUUCAUUAUUUAUAUAGUAGGGUGAGGGAAGAUGGGACAUCUUUAGCACAUAAUAUCCAAAUAUCCAGAUCGUGUUUCGAACAAUUAACAACGGUCUGGAAAUCGUGAGGAUACGGUUUUAUAAUUGUUUACAUAAAAUAGAGUUAGAAAGUGUCCCCUCUUCCCCCACCCUACUGUAUAUGUUUGGCUUCGAGUGGUAACAUUAAAAACACAUGUUGUUUUGAAAUUUAUGUGUUAAAUGUCGAAUCGAAAUGAAAUUAUUAACAUUCGUUAAUAAUUUAUUGCGUGCAAAUGUCGCUUGUGAGUGUUUUAUAUUUCUCCGUUGAUACUAAUCUAUAGAUUGUGUUACAUGCUACGUAUGAGUAUUUAUACUUCAUCGUGUCCGCUCCAGAGGUUUUCUGCGUAAAUUAGACUAAUAUUUGUCAAAGUGUAAGCUCUGUGCGAAACACAUUACACUUUAUGACGUAA